AGUCACGCGUAAACCGCCCCUGGUGUCCGAGCGCGGCCCCUUCCGAGAGUGACAGGCUUUGGCCAGGGCGCCGCUCCGACGGGCGCAGGGACGCACUGCAGAGGGGCCGUGGGUGACGCGGGUGUCCGCGGCCAACCGCGACCCCAGCCCGGCCUUGGCCGCCCCCGCCGGACCCACCCCGCGGCGGGGCGCCAGGCUUGGCCGCUGUUGCGCCCGCCCGCCCGAGCCGCAGCCGCCGCCGCUGCUCCCCGCCCCCGGGGUCCCUGGAGGCUCCGCGGCUGCCGGAGCGGGAGGUGGAGCCGAGUCCGCGGCGGCCGCGCAGGAGGGAAAGUUCAGCGACGGCGGCAGCGGCCGGAGCCGGGCCGGGCAGCAAGCAGGGCGCCUCGGGUGAGUCGGGUCCCCUCCCGGGCCAGCCGGGCGCGGUGCGCCGCGCGGGGGCGUCAGUGGCGCCGGCCGAUCCCCACAGCCCCGCGCGCCUCGCUCGCGCCUGCCCACCCCGCGACCUCGGGGUGGCUCGUGCAGCUGCCGAGGACGGUGCCGCGCCUGGCCUCCCUCCGCCGCUGCCCGCCAGGGGCCAGGGCACGGGCAGGGGCCGGGGAGCGGCUUGGCAGCCGGAGGGCGCGGCGCCUCCAGCUGGCUUCCUAUUUCAAGGAGAGACGCCAAGGUAAUUUUGACCCAGAGGAGGAAUGAUGUAGCCACCUCCUAACCUUCCCUUCUUGAACCCCCAGGUCCCCUCUUGCUGUUGGCUGCACAUCAGGAAGGGCUAUGAUGGGAAUGAAGGUGAAAACUUGGAGAUUUCACUUCAGUCAUUGCUUCUGCCUGCAAGAUCAUCCUUUAAAAGUAGAGAAGCUGCUCUGUGUGGUGGUUAACUCCAAGAGGCAGAACUCGUUCUAGAAGGAAAUGGAUGCAAGCAGCUCCGGUGGCCCCAAACGCAUGCUUCCUGUGGUCUAGCCCAGGGAAGCCCUUCCGUGGGGGCCCCGGCUUUGAGAGAUGCCACCGGUUCUGGACGCAUGGCUGAUUCCUGAAUGAUGAUGGUUCGCCGGGGGCUGCUUGCGUGGAUUUCCCGGGUGGUGGUUUUGCUGGUGCUCCUCUGCUGUGCCAUCUCCGUCCUGUACAUGUUGGCCUGCACCCCAAAAGGUGACGAGGAGCAGCUGGCACUGCCCAGGGCCAACAGCCCCACGGGGAAGGAGGGGUACCAGGCCGUCCUGCAGGAGUGGGAGGAGCAGCACCGCAACUACGUGAGCAGCCUGAAGCGGCAGAUCGCGCAGCUCAAGGAGGAGCUGCAGGAGAGGAGUGAGCAGCUCAGGAAUGGUCAGUACCAAGCCAGCGAUGCUGCUGGCCUGGGGCUGGGCAGGAGCCCCCCAGAGAAAACCCAGGCUGACCUCCUGGCCUUCCUGCACUCGCAGGUGGACAAGGCAGAGGUGCACGCUGGCGUCAAGCUGGCCACAGAGUAUGCGGCAGUGCCUUUCGAUAGCUUUACUCUACAGAAGGUGUACCAGCUGGAGACUGGCCUUACCCGCCACCCCGAGGAGAAGCCUGUGAGGAAGGACAAGCGGGAUGAGUUGGUGGAAGCCAUUGAAUCGGCCUUGGAGACCCUGAACAAUCCUGCAGAGAACAGCCCCAAUCACCGUCCUUACACGGCCUCUGAUUUCAUAGAAGGGAUCUACCGAACAGAAAGGGACAAAGGGACGUUGUAUGAGCUCACCUUCAAAGGGGACCACAAACACGAAUUCAAACGGCUCGUCUUGUUUCGACCAUUCGGCCCCAUCAUGAAAGUGAAAAAUGAAAAGCUCAACAUGGCCAACACGCUUAUCAAUGUUAUCGUGCCUCUAGCAAAAAGGGUGGACAAGUUCCGGCAGUUCAUGCAGAAUUUCAGGGAGAUGUGCAUUGAGCAGGAUGGGAGAGUCCAUCUCACUGUUGUUUACUUCGGGAAAGAAGAAAUAAAUGAAGUCAAAGGAAUACUUGAAAACACUUCCAAAGCUGCCAACUUCAGGAACUUUACCUUCAUCCAGCUGAAUGGAGAAUUUUCUCGGGGAAAGGGACUUGAUGUUGGAGCACGCUUCUGGAAGGGAAGCAACGUCCUUCUCUUUUUCUGUGAUGUUGACAUCUACUUCACAUCUGAAUUCCUCAAUACGUGUAGGCUGAAUACACAGCCAGGGAAGAAGGUAUUUUAUCCAGUUCUUUUCAGUCAGUACAAUCCUGGCAUAAUAUACGGCCACCAUGAUGCAGUCCCUCCCUUGGAACAGCAGCUGGUCAUAAAGAAGGAAACUGGAUUUUGGAGAGACUUUGGAUUUGGGAUGACGUGUCAGUAUCGGUCAGACUUCAUCAAUAUAGGUGGGUUUGAUCUGGACAUCAAAGGCUGGGGCGGAGAGGAUGUGCACCUUUAUCGCAAGUAUCUCCACAGCAACCUCAUAGUGGUGCGGACGCCCGUGCGAGGACUCUUCCACCUCUGGCAUGAGAAGCGCUGCAUGGACGAGCUGACCCCCGAGCAGUACAAGAUGUGCAUGCAGUCGAAGGCCAUGAACGAGGCAUCCCACGGCCAGCUGGGCAUGCUGGUAUUCAGGCACGAGAUAGAGGCUCACCUUCGCAAACAGAAACAGAAGACAAGUAGCAAAAAAACAUGAACUCCCAGAGACGGAUUGUGGGAGACACUUUUUCUUUCCUUUUACAAUUACUGAAAGUGGCUGCGACAGAGAAAAGACUUCCAUAAACGACGACAAAAGAAUUGGACUGAUGGGUCAGAGACGAGAGAGCCUCUGAUUUCUCUCUGUUGGGCUUUUUACAACAGAAAUGAAAAUCUCCACUUUGCCUGCAAAAGUAACCCAGUUGCACCCUGUGAAGUGUCUGACAAAGGCAGAAUGCUUGUGAGAUUAUAAGCCUAAUGGUGUGGAGAUUUUGAUGGUGUUUACAACAAACUGAGACCUAUUGUUUUGUGUGCUCAUUGAAAUAUUCAUGAUUUAAGAGCAGUUCUGUAAAAAGUUCAUUAGCAUGAAAGGCAAGCAUAUUUCUCCUCAUAUGAAUGAGCCUAUCAGCAGGGCUCUAGUUUCUAGGAAUGCUAAAAUACCAGAAGGCAGGAGAGGAGAUAGGCUUAUUAUGAUCCUAGUGAGUACAUUAACUAAAAUCAAACGGACCAGAGAAGAAAAGAAACCGUAAAUAUCGUGUCAUUUUUUCCCAAGAUUAACCAAAAAUAAUCUGCUUAUCUUUUUGGUUGUCCUUUUAACUGUCUCUUUUAUUUAAAAAUGCACUUUUUUUUCGCUUGUGAGUUAUAGUCUGCUUAUUUAAUUACCACUUUGCAAGCCUUACAAGAGAGCACAAGUUAGCCUACAUUUUUAUAUUUUUUAAGAAGAUACUUUGAGAUGCAUUAUGAGAACUUUCAGUUCAAAGCAUCAAACUGAUCCCAUAUCCAAGGACAUGCCAAAUGCUGAUUCUGUCAGGCACUGAAUGUCAGGCAUUGAGACAUAGGGAAGGAAUGGUUUGUACUAAUAGAGACGUACAGAUACUUUAUCUGAAGAGUAUUUUCGAAGAGGAGCAACUGAACACUGGAGGAAAAGAAAAUGACUCUCCUUUACAGAAAAGGAAACUCGUUCAGACUGGUGAUAUUGUGAUGUAGCUAAAAGUCAGAAACCACAUUUUCUCCUCAGAAGUAGGGACCACUUUCUUACCUGUUUAAAUAAACCAAAGUAUACCGUGUGAACCAAACAAUCUCUUUUCAAAGCAGGGUGCUCCUCCUGGCUUCUGGCUUCCAUAAGAAGAAAUGGAGAAAAAAAUAUAUAUAUAUAUUUUGUGAAAGAUCAAUCCAUCUGCCAGAAUCUAGCGGGAUGGAAGUUUUUGCUACGUGUUAUCCACCCCAGGCCAGGUGGAAGUAACUAUUAUUUUUUAAAUUAAGCAGUUCUACUCGAUCACCAAGAUGCUUCUGAAAAUUGCAUUUUAUUACCAUUUCGAACUAUUUUUUAAAAAUAAAUACAGUUAACAUAGAGUGGUUUCUACAUUCCUGUGAAAAUUAUUAGCCAGCACCAGAUGCAUGAGCUAAUUAUGUCUUUGAGUCCUUGCCUUCUGUUUGCCCACAGUAAACUCAUUGUUUAAAAGCUUCAAGAACAUUCAAGCUGUUGGUGUGUUAAAAAAUGCAUUGUAUUGAUUUGUACUGGUAGUUUAUAAAAUUUAAUUAAAACACAGGCCAUGAAUGGAAGGUGGUAUUGCACAGCUAAUAAAAUAUGAUUUGUGGAUAUGA